UUGUAUCUCACAUGAUAAACAUGUUGAUGUUAGGUGUUAAUUGAGUGAAAUAAUUCGAUUCUACACCAAUAUCAGCUUAAUCCAUAUUCAUCGCUUACGAAGUAAGCGUCACCUAAAAAUAUUCAGAACAAGAAUGCGCAAACGAUUAAUCAAAAAUAAACAUGGAAAAUAAUUGAGAGAUAAGAGGUCGAUAAAAUUUCAACACGUGUUUCACGAAUCUGAACUAAAUAAUCUUCUGCUGCCACUCAAUCGCAUUAUUGAGAGAUGCAAAUUACCAGAAGAAGUGUCCUUAAUGUGUGAAGAAUCGGUAAAAACAGUAACCAGAUAACGAUAAAAGAAAUGAGCGGUUACGGUGCGAUAAAAAAUGAAUUAGAAAUAGACGAAGAGAGUAGUAUUUCGAAAGCUGAGAGGUUAAGAAAAAUAAGCUUGGCUAAAAAUGGGCUUACGGUGGUGGGAACUUUCAUCUUUAUUGUUGGUGAAAUGGCAGGAUGUGGGGUAUUAGCCUUACCCAAAGCUUUGGUUAACACAGGAUGGGUGGGUCUGAUUCUCCUUCCAAUUCUUGCCUUCAAUGCCGCAUACAGCGGCGUGAAGCUAGGAAAAUGUUGGGAAAUUGUUGAGGAGAGAUAUCCGGAGUAUAGAGCACAUGUGAGGAACCCUUAUCCGGCUAUAGCAAACGUAGCAAUGGGACCUUUAGCGAGUUCAAUUGUGACCACAGCUAUAAGAAUAACUUUGUUCGGAGCAGGAACGGUGAAUUUACUUCUGGCGGCACAAAUCUUCCAGGAAAUUUUUGGAGAUUUCUUGCCUACCAUAACUUCCUGCACAUACUUUUUAUUCAUGGCUGCAUUCGUAACUCCUCUCAUGUGGUUCGGAUCACCAAAACAUUUUAGUUUUGUAGGUAUUGGAGCAGUUGUGACAACAUCAGGAGCCUGUAUUUUAUUCUUUACACAAAUGAUCAGUGACGCUACGGAUUUGAAAAGAGUUCAGCACACCCAAUUCGGUUUCGAAGAAUUCUUCCUAGGUUUUGGAGCGCUACUGUUCGCUUUCGGUGGAGCAUCCACAUUUCCGACUAUACAGAACGAUAUGAAGGACAAGAGCAAAUUUGGAAUCAGUGUCGUUUGUGCUUUCAUAGCAAUCAUUAUCCUUUAUUUUCCAAUUGCCAUUGGAGGUUAUUUAAUAUUUGGUGACCAAGUAGCCGACAACAUAGCUGUAUCCCUUGGAAAAUCUCUCUACGUGGAGGUAGGGAAUAUAUUGAUGGGUAUUCAUCUGAUAUUUGCAUUCUUAAUACUCAUAAAUCCAGUUUGUCAAGACAUGGAGCAGGCCUUCGACAUACCAAAGAAAUUCAAUUGGAGGCGAUGUGUGACGAGGACUGUAAUCAUCCUAGGAUUAAUUUUCGUUGGAGAGACUAUUCCAAAAUUCAGCAAAAUUCUUUCGCUCAUCGGAGGAUCUACUAUAGCAAUGCUGACGUUCAUUUUUCCUCCCUAUUUGUACAUGAAGUUAUGUGAUCAAAAGAGUGAUGAAUGGGAAAAUAGAUUCAUUUCCACUCACGAAAGAGUUUACCUGUGGGAGCUUAUAAUGGUUGGAAUUGUAGGAGGAUUGGCAGCCACUUAUAGUGCUCUUAUUUCUAUAUUCGGCGGCAGUUCCCUAGUGAAGCCAUGCUAUUCUGUCUAACUAGAGAGAUUUAUUCUUAAUUCUCUUAAUUUUUAGUGAGGAAAGGAAGCAAUUUUGAUUGUACGAAUUUCACAUUCGUCUGAACAAAUUGGCAAAAUUAUUUGUGAUACUUUUCAAGAACGGAAUCGAAUACCGAAACGAAUAUAGAAAAUUAAAAUUAGAUAUAUUCGCAUAUUUAUGAUCUGCAAAAUAUAUAAUGAAGAUAUAGCGAAAAAUCAUUCAUCUGAAAUUCAACAGUCUGAAAAUAAAUAAUGCACAAUA